AGAAAGAUGUCGGCAGGCAUGCUGCGCCUCGGUGCGCGGAUCGAGAAGGUUUUUCGGAUCCGAGCCAGAUGCCCAGUCAGAGGUUGUCAAACGGCCGUCGCAGACUUGACCAAAGUCUCCCUCUCGGAAGAACUCCCAGGACUUCCUCAAGUCACAUAUGCUAAGCCAUCCCCUCACGAUGAUGAAUCCAAGGUCACCACGCUGGAGAACGGUAUCCGUGUCGCGUCACAAAACCGUUUCGGACAUUUCUCAACCGUCGGAGUUGUCAUCGACUCCGGUCCACGCUAUGAAGUGGCGUUCCGUUCGGGAAUCUCACACUUUUUGGAAAAGUUAGCGUUCGGUUCAACUUCACGUUUCCAGAACCGUGAUGAGGUCCUACAGGUUCUCGAGGGACAGGGAGGAAUCUGCGACUGCCAAACGUCGAGAGACACCAUGAUCUACGCAGCUUCAGCGGAUCCGCGAGGUCUAGAUUCUGUGAUUGAAUUGUUGAGCGAGGUCACGUUGAGACCCCAAGUAACGGACGAGGAGCUCUUCUUCGCGCGACAGGCGAUCGAAUGUGAACUCAGAGACGCCGACAUGAAGCCGGACCAAGAAACCCUCUUGACGGAAAUGAUCCAUAAGGCAGCUUUCAACAACAACACGCUCGGUCUGCCGAAGCUCUGCCCGGAGGAGAAUAUUCCGCUUAUCGAUCAGAAAAUGAUUUUCACCUUCCUCAAGCAACGUUUCACACCCGAACGAAUGGUUGUUGCCGGCGUCGGCAUAGAUCACGAUAGGCUAGUGGAAUGCGUUCAGAAGAACUUCGUUGAAAAGAAACCCAUAUGGGUAGAAAAUCCCUCACUGGUUGGCGAUCCCUCGCUCGAAACGGAUGAGUCCGUCUCGCAGUACACCGGAGGCAUCGUGAAGGUCUCGAAAGAUCUCUCGAAAAUGUCGCUCGGUCCCACUCCGAUUCCCAACCUCGCUCAUUUCAUGUUGGCCCUCGAGUCCGCAUCGCAUCGAGAUCCCGAAUUCAUAACUUAUUGCGUACUCAACAUCUUAAUGGGUGGGGGUGGGAGCUUCUCUGCCGGUGGUCCAGGAAAAGGAAUGUACAGCCGUCUCUAUACGAAUGUGCUCAAUCGGUACCACUGGAUGUUCAACGCCACAGCUUACAACCAUGCCUACAAUGACUCUGGCAUAUUCUGCAUCCAUGCGUCCGCUGACCCUUCUGCCUUGGGGGAACUGGUCGAGAUCAUCGUCAAUGAGUUCGCGAUCAUGGUCGGACGUAUUAGUAUUGUUGAACUUGAAAGGGCGAAGAAACAAUUGCAGAGCAUGCUGCUAAUGAACUUGGAACAAAGACCCGUUUUGUUCGAAGACAUCGGUCGUCAAGUACUCUCCGUGGGGAAACGACGGAACGCAGCUCACUAUAUAGACGCCAUCAAUAAAAUCAACGAAGAAGAUAUCCACAGAGCUGCCCAGAGAAUGCUUCGAACGCGAGCCUCGAUCGCUGCGUUGGGUGAUUUGCAACGACUGCCGGCAUUGGACGAAGUGGAGACAGGUCUAGCGAAUCCGCAGACGAAACGCGGUAAAAGGUUCUCUCUUUUCCGAUGAAGGAUAGAUUGCGGUCUCGAGACCUAUCAUCAGUUUGUAUUGAUCAACUGAAUUGAGGAGGAAUUAGUUGGAGACUCGGAAUGUAUGUACAUAUAAGAGUAAAAGAGAAAAAGUGGUCCUCUGAA